GUUACUGUGUGAUACAAGACGCAAUAAUGACAAGAAUAAGACAGUUUCAAGUUACUCUGGCGUGCACUCUAGGAAGCUUCUUAAUGGGUCUUCUAUUCGUAUGGCCAUCAUAUACUCUUAAUUUGUAUACAUCAAAGAAUACAACACUACUAUCAAAACCCAUGACAGAAAUUGAAAGUUCUUUGUUAGGGUCGCUGCCAUGUUUGGGAGGCUUGUUUGGUACUGUAUUCAGCGGAAUAAUUAUCAAUAGUUUGGGGAGAAAAAUAGGAGGAAUAACAAUUGCUAUGCCAUACAUUGCAUCAUGGCUAAUGAUAGAUUUGAGUUCGUCAUCCAUAGUCGUGCUGAUUGCAAGGUUCCUUGGUGGAAUUUCAUGCGGGGCUACUCUUGUUCAUACACCGAUCUUCAUUUCUGAAGUUGCUGAUGAAUCAGUGCGCGGACUCUUAACGAGCGCUACUGAUGAACCGGAAAAAGAAACACUCAAUGAAGAUAUGGGGAUAGAGCAGAAGAAAAUGCCCCCAUACAAAAUACUUUUUUUGUCACCAGCGCCUAGACGAGGAUUUAUAAUUGUUGCGUUAACAGUCGCAUUGAAGCUCUUGAUGGGAAUGGUAGUAGUGCAAGUUUACGCAAAAAGCAUCUUCGCUCAAGCAGCCCCAAACCUGUCGUCUCAUCUAUGCUCGGUACUGUUUGCUCUUGUCCUAUUAAGUGGAUCCCUGUUUUGUGCGUUGUUCUCCGAUAGAUUCGGUCGGAAGCCACUGCUCAUCACAUCAUCAGCUAUUGUAGCUCUGUGUUUAUUGUGUAUGGGCGUUAUAAUUCACACAAAUCUGGUCCCAGCCAUACUCACAGCUGUGCUGAUGCUGAUAUUCUGUUUCGCAUUCAUGAUGGGAGCAGGAAGUGUGCCAUAUGUUCUGUUAGCCGAACUUUUCAUGUCUGAUGUUCAAAGUUUGGCGUCUAUGAUUCUCAUGAAUGUGAUGUGGAUUGUUGACUUUUUCAUAGUUGGAAUAUUUCCCUACAUGAUCAAAAUGUUCGGCAUUCAUGGAUCCUUUUACAUCUUCGCUUUGUUUGGGGUAAUCAACGUACUGGUUGGUAUAUUCCUAGUGCCAGAAACUAAGGGUAUCUCGAAAGAAGAAAUUCAAAAACGACUAGUAGGAAGGCAGAAGAAAUAAGAAUAACUUUGUUUCGUAAUCAUGAGAUUUAGGAUUUUAAGUUAAUUAGCUUUGUUUAUGAUGGCCUGGAUGGAUGAUGUGCUGGAUAGAAACUACGAAUUAAUUUUAUUAUUUUAUAAUGUUAUAAAUAAAAGACAAAUACAGAUAAA